AUGAACGGACACGCUGCCUGCCCUAAGUGCGGUGCCGCCGCUGACGGCGCUGGCAAGAGCUGUGGCGCCUGUGGCGCUACCUGCCCCGUUUAA